CAGAUAUCAACAACGUAACCUCUAUCUCUUCACGUGUUUCACUUGUUUACGAACGCGUCGUAGCGGUCUGAAAAAACUUAUUUUUCAAAUAGAUAUUAAACCUAAUCAAAAUGGGCAAAACUAAGAAAGAUAGCGAAUCAGAAAAUAACGCAAACAACACAACGUUAGAGGUUGAAGGUAGCGAUGAGUUGACUUACGAACAAAAACUCGAGAAUGUUAGCAUUAUCGCCAAACCGAUGGCACCAAAAAAAUUGACGAAAAAGUGUUAUAAACUUAUUAAAAAAGCAUGCAAACAUAAAACCUACCUGAGAAAUGGCCUCAAAGACGUUCAAAUGCGCCUGAGAAAAGGAGAAACCGGCAUCGUCCUGUUUGCUGGUGAUGUCACACCCGUCGAUAUCGUCGCUCACCUUCCAGCUGUUUGUGAAGACAAAGAUAUUCCCUAUUGUUUUGUCCCAGCGCGACACGACCUCGGUGCUGCAAUGGGUGUCAAACGCGGAUGCCUCACAGUUCUCAUCAGAGAGCAUGCUGAAUAUAAGGAUGUAUAUGAUGAGCUAAAGGCUGAAAUCAAAACGUUGGCAAUAGAAUUAUAAAAACAUUCUCACUUGGUGCAAAUGUUUCAAGCAUCCAGACUAGAAUAGAGUUAAGUUUCUCUGUAUGAAUUACUUUUUUGUUUUGAGUAUUUGUUUGUUUGUUAAAUUGAUUCAUUAUUCAAUAAAUCAUAAACAACAAUAUGAAAAGAAUUAAGAUAGAA